UUAAGUAUACAGUGAUCACUUUCUCUGAAAGAAAAGGUCCAAAAAAGAAAAAGGAUCAGAGAAGGAAACAGAACGAGAGAAGAAAGAAGUUCAAUAAGCAAGCACGUGAGGACGACGCCGUUUCUCCUGAAAAGGGGAUUUCAGCUCUUCCCUCUCCGACUUCACUCGUUCACACACUCAGUCACAGACGAGGAUAUUUUUGCCUGAUAUCACCCGAUUUUGUUAGCAAAAAUCCCUUGAAAGAUUUUUCUUCAGCAAGUGGUGACAAUGUUCUACAGAGGUAAAUACAGGGACAGUGAUGAUGCAAGGGAAAUGGGUUUCAAAAGGCAGCGCUUGGACCAGGGGUCAUCAUAUUAUGGUACUCCUGGCCCAAGUUAUAUGUAUGAUGCUCCACCUCCUCCACCACCUGCAUAUUCUUAUAUUCCCCCGCCUUUUCCUGUUGUCCGACUUCGAGGCCUCCCAUUUGAUUGUGCAGAGGCUGAAAUUGUUGACUUCUUUCAUGGUCUGGAUGUUGUUGAUAUCCUGUUUGUGCAUAAGGGUGGCAAGCCUACAGGAGAAGCUUAUUGUGUUUUGGGAUAUCCUCUUCAGAUUGAUUUUGCCCUACAGAGGAACAGGCAAAACAUUGGUAGGAGAUAUGUUGAGGUUUUCCGAAGCAGAAAAGAUGAAUACUAUAAGGCCAUAGCAAAUGAAAUUUUGGAGGCUCCUGCUGGGUCGCCUCGUCGUGCUGCCUCAAGGGCAAGAUCUUCUGCUGAGAGGGACUUGUCAGAAUUUAAAGGGGUGUUGCGGUUGAGGGGGUUGCCAUUUUCUGCUAGCAAGGAGGAAAUUAUAAACUUCUUCAAGGAUUUUGCACUUUCCGAAGACAAAGUUCAUUUAAUAGCUAAUUCUGAGGGAAGACCAGCUGGGGAAGCAUUUGUAGAGUUUGCAACUCCUGAAGAUUCAAGAGAUGCAAUGUCUAAGGACAGGAUGACCCUGGGAUACCGUUAUAUAGAACUUUUCCCUGCAUCACGUGAGGAGUUGGAAGAAGCAGCUUCAAGGGGGCGGUUAAUGCCAAAAUCAUUUGAGGGGAAGGAUGCAACUGAACCUACAACUGUAUUGCGGAUGAGGGGAUUGCCAUUCUCAGCUGGCAAGGAUGAUAUAAUCGAUUUCUUUAAGAACUUUACUCUAUCAGAAGAAUCGAUCCACAUCACCUAUAAUUUUGAGGGACGUCCCACAGGAGAAGCUUUUGUGGAGUUUGCUAGUGCAGAAGAUGCAAAAGAAGCACUUGCCAAGGAUAGAAUGACACUUGGGAGUCGUUACAUAGAGCUGUUCGCAUCAUCACCAGAAGAGUUGAAUGAAGCAGCCUCAAGGGGACGGUGAUGUUAUCUGCCCUGAUCUUCUUGUUAGAACUUAAACAUUGGUAGCAACGCAGGAUUUAGGAAACCAGUGCUUCUUCAGCUUUAGGUUGUCAGCAGAACUCUUUUUCAGUCAUGUAACCGGAAAACAUUGAUAGUUGAGAAAUUAGCGAUAGUACUUCGAAUAUUCACACUUGACAGGCAAACGGUAUUCAUUUACACCGCUGUUUCUUGGUUGCCCUUUGUUAGAAACUGUUCUAGUCUUAACAUGAAACUACUGUUUUGUUGAGAGUUGAUGGAAAAAGGUUAACUCUGAGAUGUUUUACACAAGACAUGCUCAAGGGUUCUUUGAUAUGUAAACUCUUUUUCUUAGUAAGUUCUUGCUGCAUU